UUUGACCCCUGAGAGAGUACUGUCUCCGUGGGAGUGAUUCCAGAGAGGGAGGGGCCAACCUGGGGCCUCAGGGAUGGAUAUGGAAAGCUACCCAGGGGGGAGCACUUUGGGUCCCAACUUCACAAACUGCACCGGCCCACCUGCCAGCAGCCUGCAGGCGGUCCCAUUCACAGACAGGAUGGCGCUGGUGGUUGUUAUCCUCGGCCUCCUCACCCUGUCCACUGCGCUCAUCAACGGUGCUGUCAUUGUCGCCAUCUGCACCACCAAGAAGCUCCACCUACCCGCCAACUACCUCAUCUGCUCUCUGGCCGUCACUGACUUCCUGGUGGCACUCCUUGUGAUGCCCAUCAGCAUCCUCCACAUCACCAUGGAGACGUGGUCCUUGGGUCAGGUGAUAUGUGAAAUCUGGCUGAGCAUGGACAUGACAUGCUGCACCUGCUCCAUCCUGCACCUGUGUGUGAUCGCUCUGGACCGGUACUGGGCCAUCACCAAAGCUAUCGAGUAUGCUCGCAAGAGGUCGGCCCGACGUGUCGCUGUCAUGGUGGGAAUAGUCUGGAUCAUUUCAAUUUUCAUAUCCAUGCCACCCUUAUUCUGGAGGCAGAGGCCCAGCAGUGGCAGCCUCCAACAGUGUGUCAUAGAGCAUGGCCACCCAGGAUACACAAUAUACUCUACUUUGGGGGCAUUUUACAUUCCUAUGAUCAUCAUUCUUAUCUUAUACUACAGGAUUUACAACGCCGCCAAAACUCUUUACCAGAAGCGCGGUUCUUCUCGGCACCUCAGCAGCCGCAGCAUGGGUAGUCAGAACUCUGUAGACCAUUGGCGUGUCUCCCACACAUUUUGUGUGUCAGACUUGUCCGACUCAGAUCCCACACUGGCUACUGACAAACUCAACACCACUAUCCAAGUCCCAUCCUUUGAGACACACAUGGAUGGGCAGGUUGAGAAGAACCAGAUAUGUACCUCACGUGAGAGGAAAGCAGCACAAAUCCUCGGCCUCAUCCUCGGGGCCUUCAUCAUCUGCUGGCUGCCUUUCUUUUUAAAGGAGCUCCUAGUGGGUCUGCAAGUGUUACAGCCUUCUCAGUUGCUCUCGGACCUCCUCACUUGGUUGGGUUAUAUUAACUCUCUCAUUAACCCCCUGCUGUACACCAGCUUCAAUGACGAUUUUAAGCUGGCUUUUAAAAAGUUACUCAAGAGAAAAGAGCAUGCAUAGGUCUGAGGUUAAAAACACCAAAAGGGAAGUGUACUGUACAUGUCCAACUUACUUGUAGUGUGUCUACUGUGA